AUCAUCAAUAAAGUAACUGGUUGCAUGUAAUUGGUUGCUAAAAAAAAGUUAAGUGAAUUACAGUUGUGGUUACAUGAUAAACGAGGAAAGCCUUAAAGAACAAGACACCGAAAACAUAACUGGUUUCAAGUAAUUAUGUACACGUAAUUUCUUACGUACACAUCUGGUUGCGGCGCUUGUGCUUUAAGAAAAAAUGUCUGUCGUCUGUAUUGUUCGGCACAUAAACGCCUCUAAUACGACUGCACAAAGAUCGAUCCGAUUGGGUUUCCGAAUCGGAGGAACAUGUUUAUGUGCUGUUCGAUGCAUGCGCUGCGAAGCGAUAGAUGGCGCCACUGUGGCGCGUGUAUCGCCGGAAUACGGAGUCCGCCUUUGCACAAAGCAAUGUUGCCGCAGGUCACGAAUAACAGUGGGCCUAGUACAUUUAUGCUUGAAUAAUAAGUAGAAAAUUUUCGCUGCAAAAGAGGCAUUUUAACGGAAGUCUUUGCCGGCACGGAUGUAUUGGUAAUAGUUCUACGCUAAACUAUAUGCGAAGCAAUAAUACAUACAAUGACAUCUAAAUUAUCUUUGCGCGGUAAAUCUUUAGAAAACAGACGACGCGCACCAAAUCUCAAACACCCUAACUGUUAUAAAUACGCAAUGUUUGAACCUUCAGAACUAUUUUAUAAGAAGGAAGUCAGGUGACAUCAGGUAGCCGAAUUUUCGCACUAUUCUUUCUCUCAAAUAUGAAUAUUCAGGCGCCUAGUACUUGUGUUUAGUAAAAGUUGAUCGCUCUUUAGCAGUAAUCUGUCAAAAAGUAGCAAAUUUGAUGUAAUGUAGGAGAAGUAGUGGUAAACAUAAAGAUUCUGAAGCUUUAUCGCUUAGUCACGAAAGAGUCGACACAAACCAGUAGUCCUGCUGAAGUGUCAGUAGCUGUGGCAUCACUUGGGCUGAGUUCCUUGUGUUCGUUCAGAGGGAUUUAGUGUGCGAUUAAUGAUAAAACAAACAAUUAUUAAGCGGAGUGUCACUGAAUGGCCAGUGUUUCACUUCGUCAUGCGGCCUCUAUAUAUUGCGCUUUGAUGUGCUUGUCAAAGGGCUUUCGACAGAGGAAACGCAUAUUUUUCGGUCUAGAAAAGAAAGUCUCUCGUAGUUCUUCAAUCCUGGAGGUCUUCGCAGGAACUGCUUCAGUUCCAAUUUGUCAUCAGUAGACGUGUACAAGCGAAGGUCUUAAUGCCAGGCUCAGUUCCGCACGUUGGUUCCGGUUAUUGAACCCCGUGCCACGAGAAGGGCACUACUUCUGUUUCGUUAAGGAACUAAGCAAAGUACAGUGACACUGCUGAAAACUAAACGCGAAUGUAGAUGCCCUUCCCUUCGUCCCUCCCUUCCCCUAAUCACUGCGCUCCUCUCGCUUUGCGCCCGCUCCAUUUCAGCUUACCAAUAUAGCUAGAGUAUAUAGUACAAAGGGCCCAGAGGAUGCGUGCCCGGAAGGCUAUACGAUAUAGUUGGCGGUCACGUAGGCAAGCUGGCUAUUGGAUUUAGCUUCGGCUGGAUUUGCGUCACUUGCGUAUUCAUGGUGUGCCAACGUGGCAACGGUCAUGUUUCAUUUGAAUUCGCCAUUGCCACUUGCCAUUUGACGCUAGAAGAAAACUAUACGGUAAAAUCAGUUUUCAUUUAGUCUCAUCCCAUUUUGAGGACAAAAAGCGACGUUUAAUCAUUGUUACAUUUGUUGGCUGUUAGAUAUACAGCUGUUAGGCCUAACAGAGGCCCUGUCCCGAAACUCCUUAUGUUUCUAUCUGCACAAUAGGCCCGUGGGAUUUAGCGCUCACCAUUCGCUGGCACUGCGGAUCGCUGUUCCAUGUACAGUCGUCUCCAGGAUGUGAAUGUAGCGGAUUGACCGGACCUGCCCUCUCUGUGAUAUCGAGUGACAGCCGACGACGGGAACGACAAUGCCGAUUGACUGGACAUUCCCUCUCCCUAAUAUCCAGUGACAAAGGACGACGGGAACGACAAUGCCUUUGAACUUGAAGAAAUUCCUGGAAAGCGGCGAGCUCGCUGACGUGGAGUUCGUCGUGAAAUCGGAAAAAUUCGGCACCUCAAAGACCUUCAAGGCUCACAAGCAAUUACUGGCCUUGAGUAGUGAGGUUUUCAAAGCCAUGUUCUACGGUCAGCUUGCCGAAAAGGACACCGUGGUCAUCACGGACCUCCACCCUGAUGGAUUCUACGGCCUUCUGAAGUACGUGUACGCGGGACGGGCCAGGAUCGAGAAUUGCUUUGAAGCCUUGCACACAAAUGCUGCAGCAGAGAAAUACCUCUUAGAAGAGCUGGCAAGUGCGUGCCUGACCUACCUUCGCAAGCACGUCGACGCCAAAGAAGCUUGUCUCUUGCUCGACUGUGCCUUCGAGAGCGGCUACGGAUCGCUUGACAAAGUGGCGGAAGCAGUGCUCGGUAGCGUUGACGAGGCUGUGCUGAGUUCCGACGCGUUCCUCAGUAGCCGUCUGGAGACGGUGCAUCUUGUUCUGGACAAGGUGAGAAAUGUACGAGAGAUUUUCAUAAUUCGUGCGGCGCUAAGGCGGGCGCGAUCAUAUUGCAAGUCGGGUGCCAUGGACUUCAAGGCGACCAUUGCCGCAUUCCUGCCGAAGCUGAGGUUCUUGGCGCUGUUACCGCCGGAAUUCGUGGAGUUGAUCACCUCCGAGGACGCGCAAGGUGUGAUGGAAAAAGAAGACGCGUUCACCAUUUUGUGCAACCUGAUCCACAAAGGGCGCACUGAUCUGCCAGAGUGGGUAUGCCGGGAGGAUGUGAACCGCCUUGCGAUAUUGUCUGACAUUGUAUGCAGUGGCAGCUCGACACGCCUUGGGACAUUGUCUUGCCUUUUAGGGUCUGAAUACAGUAGCAGCUCUGAAUAUGACUAUGACAGCUCUGACUUUUAUUGCAAUGACUCUUUUUAGGCCCAGGGGAACUGAUUACUCUAGUCAAACGUAGGUUAAAGGCAGAAGAUGUCUUGUUGAGAAACCACCGUGCCUGUUUGAACGAAAUGUGUUGCUAUAAAGAGAGACAAAUUGUGUAGCUCUUGACGCAGUGUUCCAUAUUCUUGAGCCAUUAAAUUCUUAUGUAAAUAAAGGAGUCGUUAGGUACCAAAUUUAAAAGUCUUCAACUGUGUAGCAGAAACAAACACCAAGAUUUUACACUGCUUAUGUCACAACAUCUUAAUCAGUAUACGUUGACCAGUUUACGUACGGCACUACAUUGUUUACGCCAGUUCUGCGAGAAGUGCAAUUCAGAAAACGCAGUUUUCUUUCUUUAACAAAUGCGUGCAUAGAAGUUGAAGAAAUGGGUGGUAAUGUUUCGAUGCACCGUAAACGGUUUUUCCAUUCGUUUAUCGCAUGCUAAUCCGCUGCAGUAUACAAAAUUGCAUUAUCUUGUUUGUUUUUCCUUUCUUGAAGGGCAGCAAACCUGUAAAUUCGAUGCUUAACUUAAAACAAGAUAUUGAAUAAAUCCACGUCAUUCUUUUUUCUGAAGCUGCAGGAGGGCCUAAACAGAAAAGCCUCCUCCCAACUGUCACUGUGUCCUUACUCUUUCCUACAACUGCAGCAGGGACGCUUCACGCAAAUAGAGACAACUGUUUAAAAAACAUUCGUGCAUCUCGCGAACGUUUGAAUAGAAGGAAGUCUAUAGCAAAUCUUACUGUCAUUUCAUUGUUUGUAAGAACUUGUUCAUAUUGUUGCGGAAGGGAAGAAUCAAGACGGGAAAUAUAUUUACAGUAUGUACGCGAUUGAGAAGUACAAGUCCACAGAAGGCCAGCCGCUUAAGCGUCGUCGUCUUCAGCCCCAAGCUCAUGCUCUUCCUCAAUGUUGUGCAGAACAGUGUAACAAUAGGUACGCUGGGUGAUCUUUCAAUAAAUUUUCCAGUUGGUGGUACA